AUGCAGGCCCUCAAACUGCAGCGCAAAUACCCCAACUUCUCGCAGGAGGAGAUGAUGGCGCUCUGCUCGCAGUUUGACCAGAUCGACAUCGACUCGACCGGACGCCUCCCAAAGUCUACCGUCUUGACCGCCCUCUCGACCAACGCGCAGCCCAAUUCGCCCUCCGGCAAGUACACCUACGACCAGGUCCGCGAGACGCUCAAGACCGUCUCGAUCGACUCGUCUGGACAGGUGGAGCUCGACGACUUUGUCGACCUCGUCGACAAGUUGCGGUCGGGAGCGGGUGCGACAGCUGGACAGGUCUUGCGCGGCGGAGCGUUGAGCGGACUCAUGGGAGCAGGCGGGGGUGCGGGAGCGAGCGCAGGAGCAGGAGCGGGAGCGGGAGCGGGAGCUGCGGCGGCGGGUGGCAGCGGAGGAAAGGUCCUCGUCAAGGGCAGCAACACGAACAUCACGCACUCGAUCAACGAGGACGAGCGGACCGAGUUUACGAGGCACAUCAACUCGGUCCUCGCCGGAGACCCCGACAUUGGCGACCGCCUGCCCAUCCCGACCGACACCUUCCAGAUCUUUGACGAGUGCCGAGACGGCCUCCUGCUCGCGAAGCUCAUCAACGACUCGGUUCCGGACACGAUCGACGAGCGCGUUCUCAACAAGGCGUCCAAGAAGGCGCCGUCCGCGAUGCCAUCCGCCAAGUCGAAGGCGACACUCAACAACUUCCAGAUGACCGAGAACAACAACCUCGUCAUCACGUCGGCCAAGUCGCUUGGUCUCUCGGUCGUCAACAUCGGCGCGACAGACCUGAACGAAGGCCGCGAGCACCUCAUCCUCGGCUUGAUCUGGCAGAUCAUUCGUCGCGGUCUGCUCGCCAAGAUCGACAUCAAGAUUCACCCCGAGUUGUACCGCUUGCUCGAGGACGACGAGACGCUCGAGCAGUUCUUGCGCCUCCCGCCCGACCAGAUCUUGCUGCGCUGGUUCAACUACCACCUCAAGGCGGCCAACUGGCAGAGGCGUGUCACCAACUUCAGCAAGGACGUCUCGGACGGCGAGAACUACACUGUCCUGCUCAACCAGCUCCAGCCGGCCGAGUGCUCGCGCGCGCCGCUGCAGGAGCGGGACCUCCACACCCGCGCCGAGAAGGUCCUGCAAAACGCCGACGCGAUCGGCUGCCGCAAGUACCUCACGCCCACCUCCCUCGUCGCAGGCAACGCCAAGCUCAACCUCGCCUUUGUCGCCAACCUCUUCAACACCUGGCCUGGCCUCGAACCGCUCGAGGAGAACGAGCGACCGGUCAUUGAGGACUUUGAUGCCGAGGGCGAGCGCGAGGCGCGCGUGUUCACGCUCUGGCUCAACUCGUUGGACGUCGAUCCUGGCGUGCACAACUUGUUCGAGGAUCUCAAGGACGGCCUCAUCCUCCUCCAAGCGUUUGACAAGAUCAUCCCCGGCUCGGUCGUCUGGCGGCGAGUAGCCAAGACCCCUCAGCCUCUCUCGCGCUUCAAAGCCGUCGAAAACACCAACUACUCUCUCGAGCUCGCCAAGCAGAACCACAUGCACAUUGUCGGGAUCCAAGGGGCCGACCUCGUCGACGGCCAACGGACGCUCACGCUUGGCCUCGUGUGGCAAAUGAUGCGCCGCAACAUCCUUUCCACGAUGGCGAGCCUCUCGAAAGGCGGAAGGGAGAUCACGGAUUCGGAUAUCGUCAAGUGGGCGAACGAGCAGGUGCAGAAGGGCGGGAAGAGGAGUUCGAUGCGCGGGUUCAAGGACCCGAGUUUGAGGGACGGCAAGUUCUUCUUGGACUUGUUGGACAGCCUCAAGCCGGGAUACGUCGACUAUUCGCUCGUGUAUGACGGGAAGAACGACGAUGAGUGCAAGGCGAAUGCCAAACUUGCCAUCUCGAUCGCCCGCAAACUCGGCUCCCUAAUCUUCAUCGUCCCCGAAGACAUCGUCGAAGUCCGCCCGCGCCUGGUCUUGACGUUCUGCGCGGCGUUGAUGGCGUUGCAGAGUGGCGGGGGGUUGCACUAA